AUGAGAAGCUCGAAAGGUGGGAGAGGACGUCAAGCUGCUCCAAAAACUGCACCGACAAGUGUUUGCUAUUGUGAUGGAAAACGAGAGUUGGGAUCUGUUGAAGUUUUCUGCUCCAGCUGCUUGAAAUGGUUCCAUGGAAGGUGUUUGAAAGAGUACAAUGAAUUAAGUUCGAGCGGAGUUCCAUUCAUGAUCUGUUAUACAUUCACCUGCAAACAAUGCCGUCCGAAUGCUGAAGAUUGGAAAGCAAAAAAAGCUGAUUUGGUACAAAUGUGCGUCACCGUUUUCGCAACAUUGUCUGCAGAAAAAUUGAAAGAAGACGGAAAAUUGUCAGCAGAAAUUAUCCCUGAAGAUUUCACAUAUUUAAGCCUAAAAAACACAGUUGUACCAUACAUGACAAAGAAUUGGUUUAUGCUCACCUCAUUGAAAAUGAGAAAAGAUUGGGAUAACAGUCUGGCACCAACUCUAUUGAAAGAGAAGAAUGUGUUUGUUCAACACAAUGAUGAUGACGACUUGUUCGCUUUAGCGGAAAAAAAUCUAGCUCUUGUUGGACCAAUGCACGAAGCAGUUAAACAGAUAGGAAAAAGGCCUCCAACAGAACGAGAAAAUCGAGAGCCACGUGAAUUGCCGCCAAUUGAAGGUCCGAAAACUCGCGGUGCUUCAAAACGGCGUCAUGCUGAAGCACCAGCACCUGGAAAGAAACAAAAGUUAGCAGCAGAUUAUUCGUCGGCUGCAAUGCCAGAUGGUGUGCAGAUUGACAUCCCGAAUAGCAAAGACAGUUAUCGUUAUUACUUGACAGAGAAGGAUCCUAAUGUACCAGAAGAUCCUGAAUGGGAUCAAGCAGCCUCCUAUGUCAUUCCUCCCUACCAGUAUCGCGUGCUUCUCAGCCAAACAGUGAUUGUGUCACCUAACGAUCGAGCUUAUCAACUGCACGCCUCAGGUCAGAAGUUAACAGGAUUCGAGGGCUACGCAAUGGCCCGAGCUAGUCAUGGCGUGUCGAAAGGAACGUGGUAUUUUGAAGUGAACUUUGAUGAUCAACCCGAAGAUUCCCAUAUACGGAUCGGAUGGAGUCAAACGCAUGCAGCUCUUCAAGCAUGUGUCGGUUAUAGCAAAUUUUCUUAUGGCUGGAGGUCAAAGCAUGGAACGAAAUUUCAUGAAGCAAAAGGAAAGAAAUAUCAUUUUGGUGGAUUCAAGCAAGGAGACACUCUCGGUUGUCUGAUUCACCUCCCAGUCGAUAAAAAGACACUUGUACCAGCGAAUCAACCAUCGGAAAAGUACUUGCCACCAUCUUACAAAAAUGGAACUUUAAUUAACUUCAAAAAUAAUUUAUUUUUCGAAAUUCACGAGGACUCUGCUGAAGUAGCUAAAAAUUUGCAAGAAAUGCCUGGAAGUUACAUUGAGUUUUUCCACAAUGGAAAAUCGUGUGGCAUAGCAUACGAGAAUAUCUACGCAGGAACUUAUUUCCCAUCCGUUUCUCUGUUCAAAAAUGCCACCGUAACAAUGAAUUUGGGGCCAAAAUAUAAGUAUCUGCCACGUGGGACCACAGGAAUCCAUAUGAGAGCUGAAGAGCAACAACACGAACAAGCUCUUUCGGAUUUACUGUAUCUGGUGUCAAGCGAUGAAGCAAAACAAAAGAUUUUGAGCCCGGUGAAGAAAGAAAUCAAAGAAGAAGAAAUAUAA